UCAGCCCGCCGGGAGUAUUGGACCCUAUCUACCGAAACAAUAUGCGCGCGUUCGCCCAUUGGAGCGUGACGGAGCCGUGUAUGCACACUAGGCCUUUUCCAGGAAUCGUGCAGCCCUCAUGGUACGUGUCCAAGACCCGACGCGAUGGCCAGCAUGCUAUGCCGAAUGCAAGAGCUUGUUCCAGCGUCAUUUAGUGCACGUUCUCCGUCGCUCAAACGCGACCAAGAGCAUGCUUGUUCUCUAUCAAUGGGCACGUACUCUCACUAUCGUCGAUGCCAAUGUGAUAUGCAUACCAUGAUAGAAGCAUCGGGCCACAGUCGGACCUCUCACAUGCGUCCAGUGCAGCAGCCGAGCUCGCUGAAGGCGGUAUGUGAACGAUCACUCGCCAGCGUCACAAAGCUCCCUUCAUGCAACCGGAAUUUUGGCUCGCUCAUACAAGUACGCAAUCACACAGCUUCUAGCGAUGAUCAACCACCAGCGAGGCUGCGGAACAUAUCAAUAUCACUGCCCCAGACUUGCCUUCCAUAUCUCAGCGAGCACCAUGCGUGCGCCGACGAUGACGGGAAUGAACCUAGCUUUUUGAGCCAAGUACAAGAAGCUUUCUCCGCACAGAAACGAAUUCUCUUUCAUGGGUUGCACCUUCUCAAGCAUUGAGUGAAAUAUGAGAACAGUGCGUUCAUUCCGUUGGUCUUCAAAUUCGUUCAUGCAGUGUGAAGAACUGCGAAGUGGAAUAUCGGUCCUCGUCGGCUAGGAUACGGCACACACGCCUUCACUAUCUGCAUUCUAUCCGCUGCCCGCCACCGACGUCUGUACUUUCUGGCGAACCAGAAG